AUGUGCAGAGGUCUAGCGGCUGGAGUGGCUGCAGCUACGGCUUCGCUGAAAAGAGAGUGCCAGUCACCAGUGAUGAAGCGGCGCGCUAAGGCAGCACAUGAAGAGGUAAGGGGCUGUGUGGGAGCAGCGGCAGAAGGUAGGUGCAGUAGGAGACGCGGAAAUGCCAAGAGAAUGAGGUGUGCAGCGACGUCAGAAGGAUGUUGUGCAAGGCGGCGCAGUGGAAUGAGAAGUGCAUCGAGAAUGAGUAGUCGGAUGCGGGAGGGGAUUCGGCGGAGAAUAGGGCCAGGGGCUGGGGGAAGGGGGGGAGGGGGGUUCGAGGAAGGAGGAGGGGGGUUCGAGGAAGGAGGAGGGGGGUUCGAGGAAGGAGGAGGGGGGUUCGAGGAAGGAGGAGGGGGGUUCGAGGAAGGAGGAGGGGGGUUCGAGGAAGGAGGAGGGGGGUUCGAGGAAGGAGGAGGGGGGUUCGAGGAAGGAGGAGGGGGGUUCGAGGAAGGAGGAGGGGGGUUCGAGGAAGGAGGAGGGGGGUUCGAGGAAGGAGGAGGGGGGUUCGAGGAAGGAGGAGGGGGGUUCGAGGAAGGAGGAGGGGGGUUCGAGGAAGGAGGAGGGGGGUUCGAGGAAGGAGGAGGGGGGUUCGAGGAAGGAGGAGGGGGGUUCGAGGAAGGAGGAGGGGGGUUCGAGGAAGGAGGAGGGGGGUUCGAGGAAGGAGGAGGGGGGUUCGAGGAAGGAGGAGGGGGGUUCGAGGAAGGAGGAGGGGGGUUCGAGGAAGGAGGAGGGGGGUUCGAGGAAGGAGGAGGGGGGUUCGAGGAAGGAGGAGGGGGGUUCGAGGAAGGAGGAGGGGGGUUCGAGGAAGGAGGAGGGGGGUUCGAGGAAGGAGGAGGGGGGUUCGAGGAAGGAGGAGGGGGGUUCGAGGAAGGAGGAGGGGGGUUCGAGGAAGGAGGAGGGGGGUUCGAGGAAGGAGGAGGGGGGUUCGAGGAAGGAGGAGGGGGGUUCGAGGAAGGAGGAGGGGGGUUCGAGGAAGGAGGAGGGGGGUUCGAGGAAGGAGGAAGGAGUUGUGGGGGAGAGGGAUGUGGCAAAACGAGGGAAUGA